UGCUACAACGUGGACGUGGCCCGGCCCGUGGUGUUCCAGGGCCCCAACGGCUCCUUCUUCGGCUACUCGGUGCUGCAGCACUCGCACGACAGCACGCGCUGGGUCUUGGUUGGUGCUCCCAAGGCAGACUCUAAAUACAGCACCUCUGUUCAGUCCCCAGGAGCAGUGUUUAAAUGUCGAGUCCACACCAAUCCUGACAGAAGGUGCACAGAGCUGGAUAUGGGUCGAGGCAAUUCCCGGGGCAUGCUGUGUGGGAAGACCUGUAAGGAGGACAGAGAUGAUGAAUGGAUGGGUGUGAGCUUGGCCAGACAGCCUAAGGCCGGUGGAAGUGUGCUGGCCUGUGCCCAUCGCUGGAAGAACAUUUACUACGAGACGGAGUACAUCCUCCCCCACGGCUUCUGCAACAUCAUCCCACCCAACCUGCAGCCCGCGGGCCGGAAGCUCUUGCCCUGCUAUGAAGAGUACAAGAAGAAAUACGGGGAGGAGCACGGCUCAUGCCAGGCUGGCAUCGCGGGCUUCUUCACCGAGGAGCUGGUCAUCAUGGGGGCACCAGGAUCUUAUUACUGGACAGGAACCGUCAAAGUGCUGAACCUCACUGACAAUGUGUAUUACAAGCUGAACGAUGAUGCCGUGAUAGCCAGGCGAUACACAUACCUUGGAUACGCGGUGACAGCAGGUCAUUUCUCGCAGCCCACAACCACGGACGUUGUAGGAGGAGCUCCCCAGGACGGAGGCAUCGGAAAGGUUUAUAUUUUCAGAACAGACAGGCGGUCGAGCUCCUUAAUAAAGAUUUUCCAGGCUUCCGGAAAAAAGAUGGGCUCUUACUUUGGCUCCUCCUUAUGUGCAGUUGAUCUGAACUCGGACGGACUUUCAGACCUGCUGGUCGGAGCACCGAUGUUUUCCGAGAUCAGGGACGAGGGUCAAGUCACAGUCUACAUCAACAGAGGCAAUGGAGUCCUGGAAGAGCAGCUGGUGCUGGACGGUGACAGCGCCUACAACGCGCACUUUGGGGAGAGCAUGGCCUCCCUUGGCGAUAUCGACGACGACGGCUUCCCAGAUGUUGCCAUUGGGGCACCUAAGGAGGACAACUUCGUAGGAGCAGUGUAUAUCUAUCAUGGAGAUGCCAAUGGUAUCGUCCCUCAAUACUCUAUGAAGCUGUCUGGGCAGACAAUAAGCCCAAAGCUACGGAUGUUUGGCCAGUCUAUAUCAGGGGGAGUCGAUAUGGAUGGCAAUGGAUAUCCAGAUAUGACUGUUGGAGCCUUCUUGUCAGACAACGUGGUACUUCUAAGAUCUAGGCCGGUGAUUACCAUGGACGUCUCCAUCUUCCUGCCUGCAUCCAUCAACAUCACAGCUCCUCAGUGCCACGACGGUUUGCAGCCGGUGAACUGCCUCAACGUCACGGUGUGCUUUCGCUUCAGAGGCAAGCACCUGCCUGGAGAAAUAGGUUUGAAUUACAACUUGACUGCUGAUGUGGCAAAGAAGGAGAAGAGCCAACAACCCCGAGUUUACUUUGUGACUUCUGGAGAGUCAGUGGGGCAGGUCACAGAGAAGUUGGAACUGUCCUACCUGCAGGAAAAGUGUGAACACUACCUAGCCUACGUCAAGAGAAGAGUCAAAGACGUGAUAUCUCCAAUUGUGUUUGAAGCUGCGUACAGCCUUGGAGAACAUGUGAUAGAAAAAGGGAGGGAGGAGAAGGAACUGCCAGCCCUCAAGCCCGUUCUCCGCUGGAAGAAGGGAGAGAAGAUAGCGCAAAGGAACCAGACUGUUUUUGAGAGGAACUGUCAGUCUGAUGACUGUGCUGCUGAUUUGAAACUUCAGGGUAAAUUACUGCUGUCUAGUGUUGAUGACAAGACCGCCUAUCUGGCGCUGGGAGCAGUGAGGAAUAUCUCGCUUAACGUUUCCAUUGCUAACAUCGGGGAUGAUGCUUAUGACACCAACGUUUUCUUCAACUUUUCUGGGGAGCUCUUCUUCAUCAAAAUGUGGCAAAAGGAGGAGCUGGGCAUUGCCUGUGAGUUGCUGGAGUCAGACUUCCUUAAGUGCAGCGUGGGAUUUCCUUUCAUGAGAUCAAAAUCUAGGUAUGAGUUCAGUGUGAUCUUUGACACGAGUCACUUGUCUGGGCAGGAAGAGACACUUACUUUCCUUGUCACUGCCCAAAGUGGCAACCUGGAACGCGCUGAGUCUCUACAUGAUAAUACUCUCACCCUGUCAGUACCUUUGAUGCAUGAGGUAGACUCAUCUGUCAAUGGAGAGGUCUUCCCUACUUCUUUUUUCUACGGGGACUCUGUGGAAACAUCCAACUUCGUUCAUUUGGAAAACCACGAAUGUCUUUUCCAGUCUCUUAACUUCACGCUGCAGGUCUACAAUGCUGGACCAAGCACUCUUCCUGGAGCUUAUCUUGACAUUUCAUUUCCAAACCGCCUGUCCGCCACCGGAGCCGAAAUAUUUCACGUUCAGCAGAUGAUGGUUGGUCAGGACAAAGGAAACUGUUCGUUUUACAAAAACCCCAGCCCAUGCGUCAUUCCUCAAGAGAAUGAGAAUAUUUUCCACACAAUAUUUGCUUUUUUCACCAAGUCUGGCAGAAAAGUAUUGGACUGUGAAAGACCAGGCAGGUCCUGCUUAAUUAUGCGCUGCGUUUUAAGCUCCCUAGCAAAAGCAGAGUCCUGUGAUAUAAGUAUUUACACCCUGCUGAAUACUGAAAUACUGAAGAAGGACAGUUCAUCAGUCAUCCAGUUCGUCACAAGGGCAAAGGUGCAGGUGGACUCAGCCCUGAGGAUUGUGGAGGUGCCCAAUGGGAGUCCAGAGGAAAAAACGGUGGUCUUUGAAGCUUUACACAACCUGGAGCCUCGUGGGUAUGUUGUUGGAUGGAUCAUUGCCAUCAGUUUGCUGGUGGGAAUUCUCAUCUUCCUGCUGCUGGCUGUGCUCUUGUGGAAGAUGGGCUUCUUCCGCAGGAGGUACAAAGAAAUUAUUGAGGCUGAAAAGAACAGAAAGGAGAAUGAAGAUAGUUGGGACUGGGUCCAGAAAAAUCAGUGAACUGCCAGCAAAAAUCAAAAGUCCAGUCAUGUGACACGUGCCUGCUCGCCUAUAGGUCCUGCUCUCGUAUCUUCCAUAUGUGGAAGAAGGAAUCUUCUCCAGAUUUUUCGGAGACCCCAUUGAUGCUGUGUCCUUGUCACUCUAACAAGCUAGGGAACGUAUCCUGAGGCAACCACUGCAGCCAGGUCAGGUGACUGGAGCGAUUGACCCUUCAUGUAAGAGCUGAACUUUGGUAACCAAGCUGCAGUGCAGAGCAAUAUUUAUGAAUCCAACUAUGUGCUAUACCCUCAGGGGAGGACUGUUACCUAAAAAUAUUUUUUAUAAAUAUAAGCUUUUUAUAUUGAUUAUGUCUUUAUAUUUGUAUCAAUGUUUUAUAGUUUCUAUUGAAUAGCUAUAUAGUUCACUCAAGCACUGAUAUCUGGCUAAAUCCUUGGAAAUGCAUAUAUGUAUAUAUAAAUCCUAUAGUACUUUUACAUUUCAAUGCAAGAGAAGAAAAAGAUUUGCAGAUAAAAGUAGCUGAAAACCUCAUACACUUAAUUCACAAGGCUUGGUAAUGUUGUAUAUAGACCAUUUAACGGCAAGAAGCCAAAGUCUUUUCACUUUUUUUUGAGUUGAAUUUGGUGUUUGAUUUAUGGACUAAAGAAUCUAAAGUAUUACCUGUAUGCGAUGCUCUGUAUUUGAGCCUAUCCUUCACUGAGCUGGGUGGGAGAGAAGGAGAGGGCUUCCUCAGUGACACGCAGCGAGGCUUGUGGCUCGCUUUGCUGGGCUGCCUUUCCAUCACAGGGCACUCUGCACUGAAGAAAGCAUCAGAGACUGCCUGUCUUUGGGAGGGUCUCCCCUGCAGGCUCUAGUACUUCAGUAAUGGUCUAGGGCUGCACAGUGAGACACCAAAAGGGUACAACUGGGCCAACCACUACAGCAUUGAUGAAUUCCUUGGAGUUUAUAAAAAAAAUAGAGAGCUGUAUUCAUGUUUUAAGGGAUAGUUUUUAAGCUACUGUUAAUGAUUGUGAUCUGUUGCUAUCAAAGCAAGUGACAAAUGGCUACAGGCUGUGACUGGGAUGCCUGCCUUGUGAGUUUUACACGCGAGUCGUGGGUGGGUUUGUAUUGAAUAGAUGUGAGGGUUAAAAUGUGUUUUGGUCUUGAGGUUCCAGGUGUGGGUGCUGAAUGUCAUCAUAUCGUAUGUCAUACCGAAUGUCAUCACAUCAUGGUUUCAUCUAGUAUUAAAAUUGGGGGUUAACUGAGGUGCAGACAUUACUGAAUGUCAGAUGGCCACUUCAUUCAGAGGUAAUGCCUUAACAAAUUGUUUGCUGCAUUGGAAGAAGCUCACUUAUAAUAACUAUAUAACUAAUAUAACUUAGCCAUGUUUUUUCAGUAAGUUCUGGGGUUUUUGACUAGAAUAGUGCAAUUGCUAUGAGACUUGAUUUUAGAUUCUUUUACUUUGCGCCUUGUAUAAACAAGGAAUAAUGGUCAUGUUGGUAUAAAAUCCACAUGAGGGAAAGAAGGAUCAGGCUCAGUGAUAGGUAUUGGAGGAGCUGCAGGAAUAAAAGGCUAUAGGAUGUCUCACUAAGGGUCACGUGAAAGAGCUGCUGGAGCACUGAAUGCAGAGCAGAUACAAGAAAUCUACUCAAGUGCAGACCUUAUCCCUGCUAUUCCUUGCAAAUUCAUUAUAGCUUCACAUUUACCUGUAUGAUUGAAAAAAAGAUCCAUAUCCAUGCUUACUCUUCUCCCUCACUUCUCAAAUUGACCUUAAGUGCCUGCUCUUACUACAGUAUCGAACAUUAUUUAUUAACUUAUCUAUCCAGGCCCAUUAGGUAGUUUUUAAGUGAAUGAAGAGCAUUGAUUGAACACUAGAAAAGAAAAUCUAUUGGUCUAUUCAAUUUUCUUUCUUAAAACAAUCCCUCGGGAGUAAAUAAAGCAUAUGGGUAUAGCAAGUCCUCAUUUAAGACAGAAUCUGAAGAAAACAUACUAAGAAGAAACCUCACUAUAAGUUUAAGUAUUUACUUGCAGUUUUAUCUUCAGAAAGUGCAGAAACAAAAGGCUGAUGCUCUUUUAUUGCACUAUUUUAUGAUAAAGUAUUGAAUUCUUUCUAAUAUGAUUCAUCUAAAUUUAAUUAGUUUUGCUAGAACUACUUGGGCCUAACAUACCUACUUCUGCUGUUGUUGAAAAAUACCUGAUUGUCAUGUAGAUGUUAGAGACAAAAUUAAAUCAUAAACAGAAAAGGAAAAGUUGAAAGGUAAAAUUUGUCCCUGAGUAUGUUUGAGGACA